UUCAGACUGCACUGCCAUGUUACCGGUUAACCAGCAUUAGCUAACGCUAGUUACAGGUAGUCUGAUUUAGGCGAGAUUAUAAAUGCUUGUCAAUGCUCCAAAAGGUGAAUGAGACAGGAUAAUAGGACGAGACAGAGUUGAAGAUUUCUACGAGGCAAAUAAAAGCUGUCUUCACCAAACCCGUUAUUUGCCUGAAUCGGGACAGAAAAGAGCUGGACCAGUUUCAAAACGAGGCAUUUAGAGAUUAUUAUCACGGUUAUCUCAUGGACACUUGACAAAGAAAAAUAAAGAUGGCAUGAUUUCCACCAGGCUGUUUCCCAUCAGAGGUUUAGUCCAAUCAUUUUCCCAGGGUGACAGCAGGGGUUAAAAGCGGUUAUAUAACACAUUUAACAGCAACGCAUACCAUUCAUUCACUUGCAGAAGGGCCUGUUGAGGCAUUCACUGGCUUCUGGACAGCCAUGGAGAAACUGAAGAUUCUGUUUGCUGCUGUCCUGUCUCUGGGAAUGGCCGCAGAAGCCUCUCUGGGCGUUGUGCAGACAGAAGGUGGCAGUGUUCAGGGCCAGAAUAUCCCCCUCGGUCUUUUCCGCUCUGUAGAUGUUUUCAAAGGAAUACCCUUUGCUGCCAAGCCUGGAACAUUUGAGAAACCCAAACCUCACCCUGGCUGGGAUGGUAUACUGAAGGCAACUAAGUUUGCUCAGAGAUGUCUUCAGAUGAGCAUGCUCCAGACUUCAAGUUUAGGUAGUGAAGACUGCCUCUACCUCAACAUAUGGGUUCCUCACGGCCAAAAGGUGUCAUCAAAUCUCCCCGUCAUGAUUUGGUUGUACGGAGGAGGCUUCUUUGUCGGUGGUUCUAUGGGGCCAAAUUUUCUCAACAAUUAUCUGUACAGCGGUCAGGAAAUUGCGGACAAGGGCAAUGUUAUUGUGGUGUCUGUGGGAUACCGUGUGGGAACCCUGGGCUUCCUCAGUACAGGAGACUCUCGCUUACCUGGAAACUACGGCCUGUGGGACCAGCAUGCCGCCAUCGCCUGGGUGAACAGGAACAUCCGCUCGUUUGGAGGAGACCCUGACAACAUCACCAUCUUUGGAGAGUCUGCAGGUGCAGCUAGUGUCAGCUUCCAGACUCUCUCCCCCCACAGCAAAGGGCUGUUCAAGAGAGCCAUCUCCCAGAGCGGGGUUGCCUUCUGCCCCUGGGCGCUGAACAGGAACCCGCGCAAGGUGGCAGAGGAGGUUGCAGAGACUGUCGGCUGCCCCACCGAUGACAGGAUGGAGGCCUGCCUGAAAUCAAGUGAUGCUGUGGCUCUCACCAUGGCUGCUCCCAUCAUCGCACCAGGCUCCCCAGACUAUCCCGGUGCAAAAAGCCUGUCUCUGUCUCCUGUUGUUGAUGGAGACUUCCUCCCUGAUCAGCCUGGCAACUUGUUUCACAACGCCGCUGAAACUGAUUACCUUGCAGGGGUUAAUAACAUGGAUGGACAUCAGUUCACCUCGAAGGACAUUCCUUCCCUUGGUGACAAGAAUCAAGACACUAUAGUAGAAGACGUAAAGAGGCUCCUUACUGCAUACACCAAAGAGACGGGGCAAGCUGGUUUUGAGAUUGCCUUUGCUGAAUACUCGUCCAACUGGGGAUCAACACCCACCCAGACCACCAUUGAGACAGCUGCUGUGGACAUUGGGACUGACUACCUCUUCCUGGUUCCUACACAGACUGCCAUCGUCCAGCAUUCAGCUAAUGCCAAGUCUGGCCGUACCUUCUCCUACCUGCUGUCUGAGCCCAGUUUAUUGGCUGGACCAGGCAAACCCUACCACGACUGGGUGGGAGCCGAUCACGCUGAUGACCUGCAGUACGUGUUUGGCAAACCCUUUACCACACCAAAGGCUUAUGGGGACAGACAGAGAGACCUGUCUGGCUAUAUUAUUGCCUACUGGACUAACUUUGCCAGAACUGGAAACCCAAACAUAGGAAACCUAAAGGUGCCUGUGACCUGGCCUCAAUUCACCAGCACUGGACAGCAGUUCCUGGACAUCAAUGCUAAGAUGAAUGCCAGCUCCGUUGGACAGGAACUGAGGCAGCGUUUUGUCCAUCUUUGGACCAGCACCCUUCCCAGCCUCCCGUCACAUGCUCAGUGAUGCCUUUUUUCAAUACACCCAAUAUACAAAUAAAAGUGUGUACAAUAAACCUUAUGAGUUAAAAAUAGAUAUGUCAGGGGCAACUUGAAUGCCUGCCUAAAGGGGUAGCCUUUAUCACCAGUGGACGUUUAAUGACUCAGCAAAAUAUUUUGUCUCAUAAUAAAUAAAUGAUAAGACGUGACACAAUCUCCCACACACAUCAUAUGAAGACUUUAACAUACUGCAGCCAUUGGCCCCCAAUUAAAGCUUAAAUAAAGUAUGUAGUUGAAUGUGACCCCAACAGAAGCCAAAUCAAGACUGAAAGCAACAACAUUUUUCGUUUUUUAAUCUGUAUUUGGAUCCAGAUCUGCAUUAAUAAAACAUGGAUUACAUCUGCUGUAAUCCAUGUGUUUGACAAUGUGGCACAUGAGAGUGUAUGUAUGACUUUUGCCGAAUCUACCUGCAGUGACAUACCAAUUUAUAUAGAUAGUCUUAGUGGAAAACAUGCCCUCUAGUGGGGGUUCUUACUUUGAAGUGCACAUAUCAUACUUUUUGGCUUCUCCCUUUCCUUUAUUGUGUUAUACAUCUUUUUUGUGCACGUUAUAGAUGUACAAAGUGAAAAAGCCCAAAGUCCCCCCCAAAGGGACUUUCCAUCUCCAACAGAAAACAUUGUUCACAAACCGCUCCAAACAGCUCUACUGUAGUCCAGCCUUUACUUCCUUUACAAACGCGCAUCACUUUGUAACACACAUUAUAAUGCUAGCCUAGCUGCUACCAUGGCAUGGCCUCAUUCUCUGCUACUGACUGGCUAGUAGUCCUUACCUAGCUUCUGCACAUGUGCAACUCGCAAUAAAGAUGGAACAGAAGUGAGAUUCCUCACUCUGUAGAUAAAUCAGAGAGCUCAAACCACAGGGUGAAAAGA